UGUUUUGAAAUUCGAUGUAAUGGAUAUUCGAUCGAUUUGAUUUUUGGGAGAUUUCAUACGACCGAGUGUGAUAUGUAGAUGUUUAUUUCUUAAAGAAAAAAAGAAGACUUUUCUUAUUUUUAAACAUUUAUUGCAUCAAAUUGACUUUACAAGUCUAUAAAAGUGAUUCAUCCUCUCCUCUGUGUAGUACAUUUUGAAGGCGACAUUAUUUUGGAAAAUCAACAAUUGCCGGACAAUUGGGUACCAUCGAAAAAGUUGCGGGCGAGAUUUAAUGUAGAAUUUGACAUCGCUAUAAGUGUGUAUAAACAGGACCGAAAGAUACCUCGUUUUUAUUAAGAUCAGGUGAAUGAAAAAUGUACCGAAAAGAGUGGCAUGAUGGUGACUUUUGUUUUAGUAAAAAUGACUAUUAUGAUGAUGAUGAUACAAACGAAAAUGACGAUGGUUGUGGAGAAUACAAUAAUACUGAAUGUUACACACCUAUUUUUCUUGCCGUUCACAAUGGUAAUUUAAAUCGCUUUCGUUUUCUACUCAAUGAAAAUAAUUUAGAAGAAAAAGUAUUUGGCAGAAGAAUGUUGCACGUGGCAGCAGCACGAGGCCACCUACAUAUUGUUGAUUUGCUGAUAAAAAAAGGAGCUACCAUUAAUGUCAAGGAUUAUAGAGAAAGAACACCUUUAUUCAUUGCCUUACACGAAAAUGAAAUUGAAGUAGCCGAAUUUCUUUUGGAAAAUAGUACCUGUUUGGAUAUUCCAAGUAAAGACAGUAUAAAGAUCCUUAAUGUCGCAGUUGCAAAGCAGAGUAUUAAAAUUGUCGAAAGUCUUUUAAAAAAAAGUGUCAAUGUGAAUGAAUCAAAUUAUCCAUGCUUCUGGAAAUCAAUGGCCAUUGCUGCUAGAGUUGGAAAUUUAGAAAUAGUCAAAUUAUUAAUGUCAAAUAUAUUUGACAAGUUUGAUUCAAAAAAUUAUGAAUAUUCAAAACCUCUACGUAUGGCCCUAGCUAAACAUCAUUUAGACAUUGUGAAAUAUCUGCUUGAAAAUAUAUCAAUAAUAGAUACAAAAAAUCCUCUCAUACAUUACUGUACAACAGAUAAACAUACAGAUAUCUUGAAAUGUCUUCUUGAUUUCGGUUUAAAACAAAAUGUGUAUACUUCAAAAAAUACCCUACUUCUUCAAUCAUUUGCAAGAGGCGAAUUAAAACUUUGGAGAUACCUAUUAACCUGUUUUUCCAAAAUCGAAGCUGAGUUAUGCUCCAAGGAAACUGAACUUCAUUCCGCUGUACGUGCGAAUCAAAUCGAAAAUGUGAAAGAAAUCCUCAACAAAGUAGAAAUGAAGUCUCUAGCUGGAGAAUUGGGACAAUUCGCUGUUUACAUUGCCGUUGAAAAUGGAAAUGAGGAAAUUUUAAAAAUACUCCUAGAAGCAGGUUGUUCAGUCGACAGUUGCUUUCGUGACAAUAUAACUCCUCUCCAUAUUGCAGCUACCUCCGAACAUACACGUUUAGUUGAAAUUCUUCUGAAGCAUGGCGCAAAAAUUAAUUCGAAAACAAAAGAAUGCAUUGUACCAUUGGAUUUUGCAGCAUCCGCGGGUCACUUUAAUAUGAUUAAAUUUCUCUUAGCCUCUGGUGCUAAGCCCCCUAAGAAGAGAAGGAUUCCAACACUUAAUCAUGUACUAUGUGGAGCAAAAUCAACAAUUACACCUUCAAUGUUUCAAAAUAUAUUAAAAAUAACAGAGUUGUUAUUAAUUGCCGGAGAUCUCAAGGAAAGGGACAGGAACAUUAUAGAUGAUUUAUUGACUACAGUCAUUAAUUUAAAAAUUUCUGUCGAGAAUUUACAAACUUCGAACAUCAGUGACAAUAAAGAGAUUGUGAACAUUAAAGAAAAAAAUGAGGAAUUUCGUACUGCAAUUAUUAGAUGCUUAUUUAAUUAUUUAAAGAAAAGUGAUCUUGCACAUGUUCUAGAUUCACAGUUAGAGAAAUAUAUUUCUGUAAUUAUUUUUGAAAUUAUUAGCGAAUACUACGAUUUUAAAGUACACCGAACCGAAAUUGGUGCUUUUGUACAUAAUUGGAGCUAUUUAUUUAUAGUCAAUGAAAUAGAGGACGUCGACAAGCUUUUAAAUGUCAUACAAAAGAACGUACAUUCAAGUAUUUUUGAAGGAAAACAAAAUGUACUUUUAAAGUUGAUAAUUGGACGUCUUGAAUUAUUAGCACCCAGAGACAAAAGAAUAAUUGAAUGUUUUAAUUCAAGAGAAGAUGUAACAAAAAUACAAGAAUUUCAAAAUGAAUGUCGACUACAGAUAAUAAAUAUGCAGAAAACAAAAGUUAUCGAUGAAUUAAAUUUAACUUUUUACGAUAUUUUGGUAAAGCCUUUUGAUAUAAUUACGAGGUGCAUAAGAGAUGAGACAUUAUUAAACACCAUUGAAUUGUCAUACGAUAAAUUUUCCGCUUAUGCAAAAUUAUUAAAGUUACGUAUUGAGAGAGCAAAGCGUAAAAUUGAUGUAAUUGACAUGUCCACGAAUUAUUUGUAUCAUUACAUUGAAGGGAAUUUUAGAAUUCAAUUUUCAACAAUUAAUAUAGAAAAAAUUUUACAAUAUCUUUCAAUGAGCGAUCUUCGAAUAUUAACAUCAGCAUUUUCUUAAUUUCCACACUAAUUAAGAAAAAAAAGUGAUAAAUAUAUUAAUAUUUAUAUUAUAAUUAUAUUACGAUGAAAAAAAUGUGGAAUUUCACUAUAUUAUCUUAUACUUGAAAUUUCCACACUUUUUCA